CACACACACACACAGUGUGCGUCCUCAGAGGCGUGAGACCGCAGAGUGAGUGCGAGGGGCUGCCGUGGGCGGCUCGCCGGUGCGCCCCGGCACAGACACGGACCGGCUCCCCGAAGGACGAGUCGUCAUCUAGGUGGUUGGGAAAAGAAAGGGGAUAUUUAAGUAGCCCUAUCUCUAUUUUAAAGAAAUUGAAUUUGAAAUUUACAACUUUUCCAGAAGAAAGCUCUAGGCUAAGAUGGCUUCCUGGUGAAUUUUCUCAAAAAUAGGAGAGAGAAAAAACCCAACACAAGUACCCAGACCUUAGAGGACGAAGGAGCACUUUGCAACUCCUUUCAUAAGGCCAGCAUGGCCUUGGGAGCAAAAGCAGACCAGGACCCUCCGGGAAAAUGGUGAACAGAUCAGUGUCCCUCACAGACUAGCAGUAAGUUGAACCUAGCGAUGAGAGCAUCCUGAUUGCAGAGGGUGCUGGGCCUGUGACUGGAGGGGGUAGGAUGUCCUGAGGGUUUUCUAGGGUCAUGGGAAGGGGCCAGUGGAGGGGAGGCCUUCUCUCGGCUGGGGGCAGAGGCCUCCACCCUGGGAGUCCUGGCAUCUCCCGUGCACCCGUGCGCCGUGGGCCCUGUCUGCGCCUCCGUGGUCCUUGUCUAACGUGAGAGGCUGUGAGUCCAGACCCUGGGUUUUUCUCAGGUUGUGUAAGGUACAGUCCUGUCUUCCACAAACCCGACUCUAGGAUUCUCUGCUUGCUUCCUCCUGCUAACUUGGCAGCCUGGGGAGACGAUGCUUUGUUCAGCCUGGAGGCCCGGCACCCGCACCCCAGGGCCCUUGAUGCUGCGUGCUGUCAGGGCCGGAGGGCUGUCGCGGCUGUGGGGGCUGUGGGGGCUGUCGGGGCUGUGGGGGCUGUGGGGGCUGUCGGGGCUGGAGGGCUGUCGGGGCUGGAGGGCGUGCUGCCUCCUUGGUCAGACUGUGUCCAGUCCGGAGGAGCAGGAGACGACGUGUCUGCGGCCUCACAGCUGCCGAGAAGCACGAGCGGGAGCUCUAGAGCUGGGAGCAGAGCUCAUGUACCCUCCUGGGCACUUCCCGGGCGGACCAGGCAUUGGGGUGGGCUCAGCCGUGCUCCCACCAGCCGGGGUCUGAAAUCUGCCCCCCGGCGGGGCUCUGGGAGCUCGGGUCUGCGUGGGGUCUGCUUGGCGCUUGUGCCUGGUCCGGGGAGCCUUCCAUUAGGUCCAGUAACGGCCUGUGUUCCACUCGGCCCCAGUCCGGAGCCUUCCUCACAAGUGGGCAGUGUGGGUGGUGGGCGGCCUCCAACUGGUAGCCCUGCAGAGCCGGCCUGGAGUCCCGGGGCUGGGGCCUGUUGGGGACCCCGAGCUUGUCUCCCGCUGCCCCUCCUUCCUUAAGUGUGCGUCCCGGGGUGCACCCCAAUACGCGUGCCCGUGCACCAGGCACCGGCCCAGGUUCUGGGGCACAGAGCAGGGAGCCGCCCGAGAACCGUGUUGGGGGCUGAGGGCUCAUGGGGAGGGACGCCACCAGUCACGCAGGGUGAAGGCAGAGGCCCCCCGAGGCCCGUGCCCCGUGGUGUGGAUGGCCCGACAGGCCCCUCCGCCCGGGCCUCUGGCUGCUCCUAGGAGGUGCCAGCACAGUCCUGUAGCGAGCUGAGCGUCCUGGUGUGUCCGCGCUGGCCCCAGGGGCAGGGUCUGUGGAGAAGUGGGUGGCCUGGCGGGGGCGGGGGACCGGCUCUUUAAGAGCGGGCGACAUCACAAGGCUGCGGAAGGCCGGGCCGCCCUGGAGCUCCGAGGCCCGGGCCGCAUCUGGAGCGCCUGCGGGCUCUGGCUUUCCACCUCCAUGGGGCCGCAGGCCCACACGUGAGCACGCGAGGACGUGGCCAUGGCCGAGGGCAGCGAGCUGAUGCACAGGCUCCUGAGCGAGAAUGCGGAUCUGAAGAAGCAGGUGCGCCUCCUGAAGGAGAACCAGAUGCUCAAGCGCCUGCUCAGCGAGAGCUGCCCCGACCGCUGUGGCCUCGGGGGCCGCGACCUCCUCUUCACCAAAGGGCCCGCCUACCCCGAGGACGGCUCCCCCGGGAGCGCAGGUCUGAGCAAGCCGAGACCCAGUUCCCCAUUCUGCUGCACGUCCUCAGUUGCAGACUUUGGAAGGUUCGCCAGUGCCCCCGACGCACGCUCCCAGCUGCAGACGUCCUCCCUGGAGGACCUGCUGUGCUCGCACGCCCCCAUCUCCAGUGAGGACGACGCUUCCCCCGGCUGUGCGACCUCCGGCCAGGUGCCCUUCAAGGCGUUCCUCAGUUCCCCCGAGCUGCGUGCGCCCCGAGGCGCUGACAGGAAGCUGUCCCCACUCCUGAGCCCCUUGCAGGACCCGCUGGCGGACAAGACCCUGCUGGAGCCCAGGGAGAUGGUCCGGCCCAAGAAAGUGUGCUUCUCGGAGAGCAGCCUGCCCUCUGGGGACAGGACCAGGAGGAGCUACUACCUUAACGGGCUGGGAAGAGAGACUGGCUCCUGGUGGGCGACACGUAUUAACAUGGAAGGGAAUUUGCAGCCCGCACCGCCGUGCUCCUCCUGUGCCCUGAUGUGCUGCUGUGCCAUCAGCCUGUUCUCAGCUCUAACUCCUGGGAAGCUUCUGCAGCCUUGCAAAGUGACUACGGAGGGAGCAUACCACAGCUGCAAUAUGCCUGCUGAAAGACAGCGAAGAGGACUUGUAGGUGCAGACGCGUGUCGUGUUCACGGACCAGAAGUCUUCAUGUUGUUAAGACGGCAGCACUCUCCGAACUGAUAUGCAAACUCAGCAGAAAUCCCUGUAAAAAUCCCGGCCGGCUUCUUUGCAGAAACAGACAAACAUCUUGAAAUCAGUUGUAGAGGUAAGAGGUAAGGGACCCAGAAGAGGCUAAUGAGUCUUGAGAAAGGAGAACGACACUGGAGGAGCCACACUUUCCAGUUCCCGAACUUGCUGCAGAGCUUCGGGAAUGCCGGCAGCGGGCGUCCGAAGGCCCGGCGUGGAGUAGUGGAGUAGAACCGAGUCCAGAAACCAGCCCAAGCGCCCGCAGGCUUCCUGUGCAGGAAGGACAGUGCCACGGGGAGAGGACGGUCUUUGCAACAAACAGUGCUGGGACGAGUGAGCAAACACGCACGAGAGCGCCGCCGGCCCUCGCUCCACAAACGAAAAGUAACUCAAAAUGUGUCAAAGACUUGAAAGAUCUGGAAGAGCCAAAGCCAUAAAACUCUUAGAGGAAAACACAGAGAUAAAACCUACGACCUUGGAUCUGGCGAGAGACUUUCAGAUGUGACACCAAAAGCAUGAGCCACAAAAGGAUAAGUAUAUACUCUGGGCUUUACCAGAAGCAAACACGUACAAAUUUCGAAGGAACAUAUUUCGUGAAAGCGAAUUCAACCCGCAGAGCGGGAGAAGAUACUUGCCAGUCGGAGGUGGAGGCGCUGGUAUCCCAGACACGUGAGAAUUCUCCGCAGUCCGGCGGUAGGAAGACAAUGCAGUUAAAGAUGGGCCAAGACUGCGACGGAACAUGUCCCCAAAGAGGACACACGAGCGGAGGACAAGCGCAUGAAGAGACGCCCGGUAUCGCGGGACCGCAGCACCGUGAGAGGCCGCCGCACGCCCCGAGGGGGCUGCCACAAAAACGAGGGACAGACGCAGGCGUUGGUGACAAGGUGGCGACGGAACGCACCUACGUUGUUGCUGUAGAUGCGGUUUGCCGUUUCACCAAAAGUUAAACGUAGAAUCACCACGUGUCCCAGAAUCCAGUCCCGGGGGUGUAUGCAGAGGGCCUGAGAACGUCUGACCACGCAGAGGUUUUCACAUGAAGGUCUAGCGGCCUUGUCAUUGUCCCCCCGAGCCUGUCGGUGACAGAUGCAUAACUGGAAUGGGGUCCGGCCACACGACGCGACGUUCCUCAGUGUAGACGGGAAUGCAGUGCUGUCCUGGCUGUCGUGUGGACGGACUCGGGGACAGUCGUAUGGACGGAGCUCGGGGACAGUCGUGUGGAUGGAGCUCGGGGACAGCUGCAUGGGCGUCAGACUCGGGGCCACACGCUGUGUUACAACACGGGUGGGGUGUCCGGCACAGAUGCAUCCCCAGGGACCGGAAGCGCACCAGUGUUCUCAGGGGCUGGGGGUGUCGUGUGACGGCGGCAGGUGCCGGUUUUGUUUCGGCUCUGGGUCGGGGUGGCCACUGUGUGACUCGGUGGGUGCAGAAGGACGUCUGAAUCGCACACUUGAAGAGGGAAUUUUGUGCUGUGUGAACUGUUGCUCAGAAACGAUAUUCGGGGAGGUGUCAGGCUGCGUCGGGAGCCGCGUCCCGUCCUGCGGCUGCAGUCUGUGGCCCUGUCCCCAGCACGUCACACCAGCCUUUUUCCUCGGCCCUCAGGAGCCUCAGGUCCUCACUGGCUUCCCCCACCCGGGGACCCUUCAUCCUCAGCACCCCCCCACCCCUGCCACCGCGCGUGGCUGUGGGCCAUUCGGCUCCGGUGGGUCCCUCGCCCACGGCACCCACACCGUUGGGGCCCCUCCCACUCCUCCGCCUGCUCCUCUCUCUCCCUCAUCCUCCUGGGUCAGCCGCCUCCCCUGGGUGAGAAGCUGGGGCUGCGGGCUGGUAGCUGCUGGGAGGGGCCCCCUUGCUCCCGGGGUGCGACUGGCCGGGCAGCCUGCUGGCGCCGGUGCUUAGGCGGCCCCUGGCCCUGGAUGAGGCCAAGGAGGGCAGCCGCUGCCGUGGCUGCAGGCACAGCCAGUCGGCCCCGCAGCAUUCACGGCACAGACGGCUCUGCGGGCGCCUCUCCGGGGCUGCGUGGGGCGUCCUAAGUGUUGGGCUGUAGCCUUUUGGGUCACCCGGUCUGUGCAUGCACGGUCUGCCCGCUGGCUGGACCCCGCUGGCGGCUCCCGGUCUGCGCCCUGGAGGGUGGGCCUCGUGCUCGGGUUUGG